AUGAACCCUGUUUGCCGGGGAAGCUUAGUCAAAACGCUAGAACCACCAGAAUCUUUUGACGAUUGGCUUCUUGGAACACAAUACUCACAGAAGUACAUGGCGAAGUUACGGCUUACGACACAAUCGAGCCCCGCCCCUGUCUUCAAGGGAGGUAGACCAAAGAAUAUCAAUGACUUAAAACCAAAGGCUCAUCGAAACACACAACUGCAAGUUGUUUCUCGAGAAAAAAAUGCUACAGCCAGUGGUGAUGUACAGUCAGAGGAUACGCCCGAGAGAUAUUCACCAAACAACCCUGCCAGUGAGGUGAGAGGAAUGCGGACAGCUACUAAGGCAGGCAUUCCUGCACGGCGCAAGAACGGCGCUUCUUCAAGAAAUGGGGGGACAUUAUCAGUCCAUGGAGAGGAGCCGUUGCAGGACCUGGCGACACGGGAUCUUCUUUGUGAGUCGUAUCAUCAAAUGAAAGAGGCAUAUACGGGGAGUUUUCCUCCUCUUUUAAAACCAUAUGAGCGUCCAUUCUGGAAGUACAAGGCAGUAGAUGAAACGAACGAUGACCAUUCCACCCACGACAAUGUUGCACCACAGGAUGGUCUAUUGCCCACUGCAACACUGGUGUCGAUGCACCUGUACGAUAUCUUAGACGUUCCUCUCAAUCAGCGACCCACUAUGGCUAGGCUGCAUUACCCAUCAGGCCCCCCAUCCUUUGCACCCACUCCGUCUGCUUCCAGAUGGCUCAGAAGCAUACACUAA